CUUUCAGGACGUAGACGUAAGCGUGAAAUUUAUACAUAUAUAUAAUGCAACACUCUCCAUUUUGAACCUCAGCCGUUGGUCGGUACGCUCAACUUUCCCACAAUAUAUUCACACUAUGGAACUAUCAAACAUGAUGUCAGACGCCGCUCCCCGUCAAAGUCCGCUCGCACUUUGUCGCUCCGACAGCUCAUCGUUUUCUACGGUCAGAAAGCUAGACCUGGUUGUCACGCCAAUCGACCAGUUUUACUCUUUUAGCAACAAGCUGAAUGAUAAAAAGAUCCAGUUGCCGCCGCUUCAUCAUGCUUCUAACGUCACCUUACCUUCCAUCAGGGAGAUCUUGCCGGACAUCCAUAGAGACGCUGCGUUUUUCGAUGAUAAAUCGUCUCUUUCGUCUGCUUCUGCGUCCCCUUCCUCCUAUUCUUUAUCCUCAUCGUCAUGUUUCCCUCUGCGCCCUCCUAGCUUGAUCUCUUCCCGCCCGCACUCCACUUCCUCCGCCUCUUCCCACUCGUUAAUCUCUUCUCCGAUCUCCCGGUCUCCGUCUGUGUCGUCGAUGGACUUUUUUGACCACGGCUACCACAACAACACCCACAAGGGCCCGUUUCCAGGGCCUUCCAGACUGAACUCCUACAGAGUCUCGAAAAAGCUCCCGGGAACCUCUUCUUUCGGCAACAUCUCGCCAGCCACGGCCUGCAGCCACACACUCUCAUCCUUGAUUCACAACAAAGACGAGCCCGACUCCCCAAGCUCCGUAUCUUCUGCGAAGUACGAAGGCAACUCUGACAGCGAUUCGGGCUCGUCGAGCUCGUCCAAGAAGAAGAGAUACAACUUGCCUAAGAAAACCACCACGAUCUUGCUCAAAUGGCUCGAGCAGAAUUUGCACCACCCCUAUCCUACCAACAUGGAGAAACAGCAGUUGAUGUUCGAGACUGGCUUGAAUGCCCAGCAGUUGGGCAAUUGGUUUAUCAACGCCAGGAGACGCAAGGUUGGCGGUAUGAAGGAAGCGAGAUGAGGGGGAUAAGCCCUGUGUAACAUAUAUUUAUUUCUAACAGCUGGUCUAUUGGUUUUUGUGUAAUUUCUGCUUUCUUUUGUGCUGUUAUAUAUUCUGAUACAUUUGAACCGUGUAGGUCUAAGGGCGUCUACGCGAUAAAACCUGUCAGGUUUAGGGUUAUCGGUAACGGUUGGGAUCGCCCCUUAGGUGUGUUUAAGGAAUUCAAUUUGGG